UCCCACAUCUUCAUACUCUCAACCAGGAACCACGAACUAUUCUCUUCUUCUGUCUCCAAGCAACAAUUCAACAUCCAUAUUCGAUUAAUUAACAGAGGAAUUUUCAGAUGAGGACUGUCUUCUCUAAGUCACCGUCGCCAGCGAGGACCACCCCACCACCUUCGCCGCCCCGCCAGACUUUUUCAGAGUCCUUAAUGGACGAGGACAUCGAGGUGGCUCAGUCGAUAAUUACUAAAUGGGACUCUUCGGACUCCUCCUCCUACCGCAAAAUCGACUACCUCUUUUCCCAGGAGAACCGCCACGAAGUAAAACAAUAUCUCAAUUCCAUCAAGCAACUCCAGCGCGCUAUGCAGUACUUCGUCUCCGAGAAUCCGAUGGCGGAGAAACUCGUCCGGGCUCAGAACCUGAUGCAAACCGCCAUGAAACGGCUCCAGAAGGAGUUUUACCAGAUUCUCAAGUCGAACCGGGAUCACCUUGAUCCAGAGUCUGUCUCCAGCCAUUCCUCCUCCAGAGCUUCUCCCUCGAGAUCGAGCGUCUCAGAUUUCGAAGACGAGUCUGAGUACGAGUCGAGGCACGAGAACGAGGCGAUUUCUGAAAUGGAGAGAGCUUCGACGGCGGCCAUGGCGGAUUUGAGAACGAUUGCGGACUGUAUGAUUUCCGCCGGUUACACGAAUGAGUGCAUCAAGAUUUACAAAAUUAUUCGGAAAUCCAUAAUUGAUGAGGCUCUUUAUCAUCUCGGAGUUGAGAGAUUGACUCUCUCACAGCUCCAAAAGAUGGAUUGGGAGGUUUUGGAGAUUAAGAUCAAGAGCUGGUUAAACGCGGUGAAAGUCGCCGUGAAAACACUGUUCUACGGCGAGAGAAUCCUCUGUGACCAGGUGUUCUCUGCCUCGUCGUUGAGAGAAUCUUGCUUCUCCGAAAUUUCUAGAGACGGUGCGCUGGCUCUGUUUGGAUUCCCAGAAAACGUAGCCAAAUGCAAGAAAACACCGGAGAAAAUGGGCGGGUUUCGAACCCAACCCGAAGAGGGGGAAUGCACUGGGGUGGCUAUUGCUAUUAGGCUGCAAGGGUCAGUUGCGGCUAUAUAUUAUUCUUUCAUUGAAUAAUCCUACAAAAAUUAAUAAACUAGAGUCCAACUAAGUUGAAGGUAUCUGUUGUUUCUAAGGAAGACCAACUCAGUUUGAGAACAAAUCAAGAAAGAAUUACUCAAAUU